UCCAUCUCACUAUGAAGGAAGUGGCAACGCAGACUGAUGAAAACGGAGGUGAGAAGGGGUGAAGAUAAGGAAUUAGACUAUUAUCAAGACAAACGACUCCUCAAAAUCAAGCUGAAAUCCCUGAGAACGACAGCAGUAGGAUCACAAUUCAAGUUCAACACUUACAAACUGAAAGAUGAAACUACAAGGGAUGGUUUCAGUGCAGCUGUCAGACUCAAGUCGGAGGCGCUACACGGCAUCACUGAAGAAACCUGCGUGGGAGGAAAUUACAACUCUCCGGGUGCGAUGUUCAAUGAAACGUCUUCAACCGUUCAAGGAAGAAGUAAGAAACAAGACAAGGAAUGGCUCUCAAUGGGCACCUAUGGUGAAGCUAAUGGAAGAGAGGAGAGAGGGCUGGUGAAAGAGAAGAUGAAUCAAUGCAAAAGUGGGCAACAGAAGGAGAAACUGAUUUUUCUGCACACUGCACUAAGCAAAGAAGUGAAGAAGAGUGCUAGAAAAUAAAAAUGACAAUGCUACGACACACUGGCCGGCAAAUGAAAAAGAACAAACCACAGAUAAAAGAGAUCCCAGGAAAAUAUAUCAAACAACCAAGUAUCUAUCCGAGAAGAGAUCAACCAGAUGAUAAAACCAAUCAAAGAUGCCUAAACGGACUUAAUUAAGAAGGAGGAGAAACAAAUAAAACAAUGAGUGGAUCACAUCAAAGAACUCUUAAAUCGACCAUCACUUUCGACUCGUCCAGAUAUACCACCAUUAUCAACAGCACGCGCAGAACUGUCUGCCAGUGGACAACAGUCCUCCAACAGAGGCAGAAAUCUUGAGUGCGAUAUAGCUACUGGAGUCCAAGAAGGUAGCAGGGCACGACCCAAUUCCCCAGGAAGCACAUAAAACACAUCCAGAGACUGUGGCAGUUGUUCUUUUGCCAUAAUUGCAAGGGAUUCGGAAGGAAGGAAAACUC